GGGGCUGCCUGCCAUUCCUGAGGGGGCUGAGGAGCCUCCUCCCGCGGGGGCUGCUGGGAGGGCUCCGAGUGUCCGUGAGGGGCGGGCCGAGGAGCCCAAGCGGCUUGGUAUUCCUGAGGGGGCGGAGCCUCCUCCCGCGGGGGCUCCUGGGAGAAUUCUAAAAUCGACUUGAGGCGCGGGGGGCGCCCGAGAGCCGAGGACGCCGCUCCGGAGCGGGGCGGAGCGGAGCAGCCGAGCAGGAGGCUGCUGUCGUCUCUGGCGGGAAAAGCCUGAGGAGAUUUCCUCUUUUAAGUGUUGUGCGAUCUGAGGAUGGGAGGUCGAGACGACUAAGUCCCACUGUCCUGUGAUACUGUAGCCGGAAAACUGUCGAAAUCUGUGGAUAAAUCCAUGGGAUAAGAAAAGAUGGCGUCCAGAGUAAAUACCAGUUUCACUUUGAUACCCAACCAGAAAUGUAAACAACGUACUAACCAUCAACCCAGCUAUUUUUGCAACACCCCAGAUUUAGAUCCUCAACUCUUAUCUACGCUUGGAAAUUUUAAAGUCUUACCAUUGGAAAUAUUCCACAUAAUUUUAAGAUAUUUGUCAGUGAAGGAUAUUGGCAUGUUAAGCAUGGUAUCCAAAACAGUCAGCCAGCACAUAAUUAAUUAUAUCUCAACCUCAUCUGGAAGUAGAAGACUUUUAAUACAGAACUUUCAUAACCUUGAUCUGUCUGGCACAAAAGAAGAGACUCAUCUACUAGAUCACUACAGAGCUCUAGGUCUACUGUUUAAAAGAUGCACCUUGCUGCUUCCCACCAAGGACAGACUAAAGUACAUUCACAAGAUCCUCUCAGAAGUUUCCUGUUUUAAAUUCAAUGGCUGUUCGGCUCCUUUGCAAUGUGUAGGAUUACCAUGUUAUGGGAUGUUUUUACAGACCUUAACAGCGGGUUGGGAUGAACUUGAGUGCCAUCGUGUUUAUAACUACUUAUGUGAGUUGACUAAUCUCUCCCGUAAGAUGCAGACUGUUGUCUGUAACAAACCAGGAAGUUCCCGAAAACUAGAGUUAAGGAUUAGACUGUUCUGUAGGAAUGUCCUACUUGAUCACUGGACACAACGAAGUGAUUCUGCAUUUUGGUUGACUCGAAUAUUAAAACCAUGGCCAAUGGUGAAUCAGGCAAGAUUGCUAUAUAUUAUCUUUGGACCAACAGCUCCUCAAGAUGGGCAGGUGAUUUGGCAGGAAAUGGUAGAAGGACCCACAGACGAAUCCAGUUUGAAAGGUUUGGCUAAUGCCAUUAAGUUACUCUAUGACACAAGUACCAAGGAGUGGACGGCAGAUGAUGUUAUCAGUCUUGUAGAUGAGCUAUCAGUGGUUCCCCGGGAGUGGCUUCUGGAGAAUAAUGCACGCCUCCUAAUCCUGAGCGGGAACAACAUCUGCUUCACUUUCAUGGCCAGUAAAGCUGUGAACGGACGGGCCAUUGAGCUUGCGAGGCUCAUAGUCUUUUUGGCUUUGGUGUGUGAGAAAGAGCUAUAUUGCAUGGACUGGACAGUUAGAAUGAUGCAAAAAGUCUGCAAAGUCUUCAGCACUGCAGCAGAGAGAAAGAGCUUCCUGCAGAGCGUGGCAAAUGCUUUUGCCUGUGUCACCAUGGAAAUGCUGCAGCCUAUUAUGUCUGGAGAGCGUGAUGACGAUGACAGAGGCUUCCUGAAUUUGUUCCAUCUUCUGCAUGCUCAGGCGAACUUCCAUAAGGAGGUGCUGUAUUUGACCAUGAAUGCCUCCUCUUCCUAAGUCAAGAAGCUUGUCACUUAAAGAUUGUGUCUCCAGACUAGCGCUUAAGAGAGUGGCACUUUUUCACAUCCAAGGGUAGCACCUGUUGGACUUUUGAUAAUCUAAUUACCAGAAACUCCAGCUGCACAGGAUUUUAGCUGUAACUGUUUCACUCUGAUUAAUAUAAAAUAACAGGCAAACCCAAGAAUGUGUUGCUACUUUUCUGGAAAACAAGCUCUGCCUCUUCAGAUCUUGGUAAACUCAACAUCAAACCAAAGCAGAAUGUUAACUGUCCAAGAAUCUGCAGCCAGCUCAACCUGUUUGUGUGGCUCUUUGAAGCAAGAGCUAACUCGGCUUUAUUAAGAACAGAUUCACAUUCGUUAACUCGUGCUAUCUGUUCACUUUGCAUCGGCUGAGCAAAUAUGGCCCAAAUGUUUUGUGAGGAUUUGUAAUACUGUGUUUUAGAAUGUGCAUUAUGUAAGUCACAUUCCUUACCACCUUCUUAGCAUAUGGUUACAAAAUAAAUUUUAUAUUUCAUUUAUAUUUUGUAUGAAUUAACAGAAAAAAAUCCAAAAUAAGUAUGUGUGGAUACAUAUAUAUGUAUCUUUUUAUACAUGGAGACACAUAUACAUAUAUUUCCUGCAAGACAAUCACACAAAAGGUCUACAAAGAGAGGAAGGUGUGUGUAUGUGAGCUAUAGUCUUCAGAUAAUGGAAUCAUCUUGUAACUUCCCUGGGGAUUAGAGCAGAGAAUUGCAAGCAGGAGAAAAACAUAAUGAAAGUAAAUAGCUCUUCUGCUGCCAAAACAAUCUUCACAAGUGACUCCCCCUUCUUGGUAAGACAUUCCCUUGUCCCAGAAAGUGGGGUUUGAUGAUGGGAACUGAAAGCACACAUGGUUAGAGUAGCCAAAGAGAGAAGAUGGGGCAGGGGGAGAGAAAGAGUCCCAAAGAACUCUAGGCCCAUUCAGUAGACCUACCACCCACCUUCACCUCCACUUCCUAUGAAGGUAGUAUAACGCAGGGGGCCUCUGGAGCCCUGGCUUUCUCUUCUUGAAGCCUUCCCUCCAGGCAAAUGCAGGGCUUUGUACAUGCUAAGCAUGCAUUUUACCACUGAGCUGGAUCCCUAGCCCACUAUCACCUUCCCACUGGACUUCUCAGGGGCUGUCCUCUUUUCCUCAGAACACUGGGAGAUAAGGAAAUUACCUUCGGUGGCAGGGUGUAAAGAAAAUUCAUAGAUUUUUAGCAAAAGGGCUCUGAACAUUGGAUAGGACUGAGGAGUAGUGAAAAUUGUGGAGAAAUAAGAAUUGUGAUAACACCUUCAAUGUGGAAGGAUCAAAAUUAAUUGCCUUUUUGUUGUCCAAUUAUAAUUCUACUAGUGGGAAGAUUUUUUUUUUCCUCCAGAGUUUAUUUGAAGAUUUAGGGGGGAAACAUUCUUGCUUUUAUAAACCUUAUUCAUUUUCUUCAGCCCAGUUGAAGAAAUGAUCUUCAAUUAGCCUGGGCAGCCUAUGGUAACAGCAAGUACCAGCAUGCAAAGUAACACCUCAGAGCAUUGAUUUUUUUUUCCUGUGUCUCUGAUUUCCCAUAGCCACUUUGGAAAAAUUACUAUUUUUACCUCUCAAAACACUAGUGAUUUCAAGUUAACGUUAGCUACCACAUCUGGCUCUGAAGAUUUUGAUAAAUAGAUAACUUCAUUUUAUAGAGCUAAGAGUACUACUGCCUGCUCUUACAGAGAACUUGGGUUCAGUCCCCAGCACCCACAUAGCAACUUAAAACAAUCUGUAACUCCAGUUCCAGGGGAUCUCAUGCCUUCUUCUGGCCUAUGCAGGCAUACAUAUGGUGAAUAUCUAUCCAUCCAUCCAUCCAGACAAAACACCCACACAAAUAGAGUAAAUAUAAAUUUUUUUCUAAAAGAUAAUUUUAUUUUCUUAGAGAAAUGUGUCAUUAUGAAGUUUGUUUUAAUUCCUUGAAUUACAUAAGUCUCCACAAAAGUUAUUUUUAAAAAUUUUAUCAAAGAAGCAUGUUUUAAUGAAAACAAUUUAUUUUCUGUACUGGAAAUUUAACUUAGAGCCUCACACUAGAUAAGCAUUCUACUACUGAACUGUAAUCCUGGAUAAUUUAAAGUUUCUUUUAUUGGAAUUUGUGACUCUUUGCACCUUUGUUGGCAUAACUCGCUGCUAUAAAUUCUUUAAAAUUCACAUAAUUUUGUUAAUCUUGAUUAUUAUCCUCUCUUGUCCAGAAUUUGGAUCAGAAAAAAAUUUAGCCUAAGACUGCAGUAUAUAUCCUUUUUUCCUUCCUUCCUUGUUUGUUUGUUUUGUUAUUUAUUUUUCAAGAUAGGGUUUCUCAAGACAGGGUUUCUCUGGGUAGCCCUAUCUGUUCUGAUACUCUGUCUGUAGAUCAGGCUUGCCUCGAACUCACAGGGAUCAACCUGCCUGAGUGCUGGGAUUAAAGCCGAGUGCCACCACUGCCUGGCUUCUUUUUUUCUAUCUUUAAAUAGUAAAUUGACAAGUUUUUCAUUUAAAUGUUAAUAGAUAAAAUAAAUUUGGAAACAAAUCUGUGGUUUCCAUAAUUCAGUGAUCCAGUUGAUUUUGCUGAGUACAUUUGUCAUAAAAAAUAAAGUGAUUUUGAGUUUUAAAGAGGGACAUUAACUUGAAGGAAGCAUUUAUUCAGUGGUUUAAGUAACAGGCAGUCUGAUUAACCACAAAAAAUGGACCAUUUGAAAAUGAGUAGACUGAAACACUAGAACUGACUAGCCUAGAACUAACUAGAACAGUCACAAAAACACUUCGAAUUUUCCACCAGCCAGACAGUUUCUCCCGUCUGUCUAAACCAGAUCAGUCUCCAUGAUCACCGGAGACCUAGGACCCCAGGAUGUCUUUUCCCUUGGCCUCCUUUGGCUUCGGUUUAUAGGGUGGGCUUUCCAUCUCCAUCACUACAUUGCUUGUGUUGUUGUUUCUGUACACAUAGCAUAACAUGUUACUACUUACUUUAGAAACUGAAGUUUCUAUCUUAUAAUGACUAUCUUAACCAUGUGAAGCCAUAGAUUUCUCUCACACUGUUGUGAAUAAUGCCUCCUGUCUCCUCAGUCAGUAAGUAGCAGUUCAUGAGUUCCAGAGGCAAAGUUCAGCAUUGAUCAUCAGCAACUGCUUAUAAGUUCCUUCUCCUAGGCUACUCUGUUUGUACUUGCAGGACUUUAUUGUAGGGUAACUGCUCACCUUUGGAGAGCAGAGCCAGCAUGAGGUGCCCAGGAGAAGGUGUAAUGGCAGAACCAUUUUAUAUCUAAGAAAUAAACACUACCCUCUUUGUGGGAUUAUUGUCAAGGUCAGCAUCCUUAUGUAAGUAGUACUCAAUCACAUGAUUGCAGAUUUGUACAUGCCUUUGACAGCCUCUGUGCUUACUGGAAACCUUAUUAGCACUCCACUAGCAAUGUGCACUGUUAUCUCAAAAGCAUUGUGUUUUGCUAAACAUUUUUGAUACCUAAUAUUGUAUUUGUUAAACUUUAUUUAAUUUCUUAUUCAUCUUAAUAAAAUUAAGUUUAAACUGGGAA